AUGUGGUCUCCUCUCUUGUCUAGCCUCAGCGUCUUGCUGAUCGCUGGUCAUGCCUUGGGUGCACCAUCAUGCCCUCGAGGUGACAAGCCUUCAGCAGACGACCGAAAGUACUUGAUAUCAUUUGGUGACUCGUACUCCAGCAAUGCCUUCAACAUCUCUGCCGCAAAGCCAUCAAGGGUGAAUCCCAUCGGCAACCCCGAUUUGCCGGGAAAGACGACCUCUGGCUGGCUGAACUGGCUCGGGCUGCUGACGUUGGGCUAUAACAAGACGCUGGUCCUGAACUACGACUUCGCAAAGGGAGGCGCUACUGUGAACAACUCGAUCGUCAAAUCAAACAACCGGCCCGACUUUGCCGACCAGGUGGCCGAGUUCAAGGGCAGCAUUGGAUCCAAACCGGACUAUGCAAAAUGGACAAGUGACAAUGCCCUGUUUGCGGUCUGGUUCGGCAUCAACGACAUUGGUCUUUCUUACGCCCAAGAUGGCGAGGAUGCGAGGUUAGACAAGGUGCAUAACAGUUACUUCAAGAACCUGGACGCCCUGUACAAAGCUGGCGCAAGGAAUUUCGUGAUCCUCACCGUUCCACCUACCGAUCGGACACCGUUGAUGAAAGGCCGAUCCAACGUAGACAAAUUGAUCGGCGCCAAGAAGUAUUGGAACGGUAACCUGCCAAAACGUUUUGAUGAUUUCAAGAGCAAGCAUGCAGGCGUCAAGAUCACGUUCAUUGACACUCACCCGCCCUUUAACAAGGCACUCGACCACCCCAAGGAUUACGGUGCCCCUGAUGCGAAUUGCGAAGAUCAAGGCGGCUUUAAGUGUCUCUGGUAUAACAACUACCAUCCUGGAGUCGCGAUCCACAAUCUCACAGCCGGAGUGGUGGCUGGGAAGAUUGACAGCUUCUUCACCGCGACAGCACACGCUAUCAACAUCCCCAAGGCCUGA